AUGAACACAGGGACCGCCUGGCUCCCCUCCGCUCCCGGGCCCCCGUCCCCGACGCCGGCCGCGUCUGACAUCUGGAGCCGCCGAGGCCGCGCCGGAAACAGCCGAGGCCGAGGGAGCGCGGCCGGGAAGAGCCGAGCGCAGCUCAGCGCCGCGCCGCGCCGCCGGGACCGGAAGUGCCGCCCGCUGAGCCAGUGCGCGCCGAGAAGAGUCAAGAAGCCCCGGCCGGAAGCCGCCGUAGCCAUAGCGACGCUAUCGGAAGUCGUGGUUGCUAAGAGGCCGGGCCCGUCCAGUGCGUCAUCCCUGGCCCCGCAGAAGCUCCCAGCAAGGAUGGCCUCCGGGGAAGAGCAAGGCCAGGAGUCCUGGACGCCAGUUCCUGCCGAUGCCAACUUGGGCACGCGGGCCGAAGCUGACCCCGAGCGACCUGUGGUGGAGACGGAUGAGGAUUUCAAAGAUGGGUCCGCAGACAGUGGGCUCCCGCACUCCAAACCAGCUAGGCCUUCGGAGGAAGAGAUGGUGGAGGACUCCGGGGAAGGUUAUUCCGCCCAUGCCUCCUCCCAAAGUCCUGAAGAGAGCGAGGGGGAGACUUUCAGAGACGUGGGACGAGACGGGUUCGAGGAUAUGGCAGUCUCAGGGGCUGAGAAAUAUGAACACUUAGAACUAGACUUGCCCAAGGAGGCCAGCGUGCAUGAAGCGGAGGGCAUCAUUAUGGAAGUACUUACGAAAUUAGAUCAAUCGUUACCAAAAGAAACGGAGGUUCCGGGGCCCAAAGCCAGUGAGGUAAGUUUAGGGUUUCUAGAGGAGGUUUUAGAUGCACCACCUAGCAAACAGCAGGAUAGGACCGAGCCAGAAUCUGUAGAACAGAUCCAAUCAGAAUUCCCGAGAGAGAAACCCAGUGAGUCCAUGGAAGACACAGAUCUGCAGCCACCAGAGAUGAGUGUACCUGAGAUUUUAGGGGAGACGCAAAGAAAAUCACCUGAGGACAAAGGGACGGAACCAUCUAAGCAGGUCAAGCCAGAGUUCCCAGAAGAAAAACUAAGAAAAUCUAUUAAGGAGGCAGUUCAAGAACCUCCUGAAGAGAUUGAAGCAGAGACCUCAGAGGAAACACAGAGAAAAUCAGCUGAGGAGUUGCAGGCAGAAUCAUCUGAGCAGACUAAACUAGAGUUUUCAGAGGAGAUACAAAGAAAAUCAGCCGAGGAGUUAGGAACGGAAUUCUCUGAGCAAAUUGAAGCAGAAUUUCCUGAGGAGGCACAGAGAAAAUCAUCUGAGGAUGAAAGGACUGAACCACCUCAGCAAGUCAAAUCAAAGUUUCCAGAAGAGGAACCAAGUAAGUCUAUUGAAGAAGCAGAUCAAGAACCUCUAGAAGAGCCUAAAGCAGAGACCCCAGAGGAGGAAACACAGAGAAAAUCAGCUAAGAAGUUGCAGGCAGAAUCAUCUGAGCAGACUAAAGCAGAGUUUCCAGAGGAGAUACAAAGAAAAUCAGCUAAGGAGGUAGAGACAGAAUCAUCUGAGCAGAUUGAAGCGGAAUUUUCCGAGGAGGCACAGAGAAAAUCAGGCAGUGAGUUAUGGAUAGGACCAUCUGAGCAGAUCAAACCAGAGCUUCCAGAGGGGAAGAAAGAAAUAUCACCUGAGAAGUCAGGGACAGAACCAUCUGAGCAGACUCAAGCAGAGCUUCCAGAGGAGCAACAAAGAAUAUCACCUGAGGAUGAAAAGACAGAACUAUCUAAGCAGAGGAAACUAGAGUUUCCUGAAGAGGAACUAAGAAAGUCUACUGAGGUAACAGCUCAAGAACCUCUAGAAGAGACUAAAGCAGAGACCCCAGAGGAGGAAACACAGAGAAAAUCAGCUAAGAAGUUGCAGGCAGAAUCUUCUGAGCAGACUAAACCAGAGUUUCCAAAGGAGAUACAAAGAAAAUCAGCUGAGGAGGUAGGGGCAGAAUCAUCUGAGCAAACUGAAGCAGAAUUUUCUGAGGAGGCACAGAGAAAAUCAGCCAGUGAGUUAUGGAUAGGACCAUCUGAGCAGAUCAAACCUGAGCUUCCAGAGGGGAAGAAAGAAAGAUCACCUGAGAAGUCAGGGACAGAACCAUCUGAGCAGACUCAAGCAGAGCUUCCAGAGGAGCAACAGAGAAAAUUACCUGAGGAUGAAAGGACAGAACCAUCUCCCCAUGUCAAUCCAGAGUUUCCUGAAGAGGAACUAAGAAAGUCUACCGAGGAGGCAGCUCAAGAACCUUUGGAGGAAACUAUAGCAGAGACCCCAGAGGUAACACAGAGAAAAUCAGCCAAGGAGCUGGGAACAGAAUUGUCUGAGCAGACUGAAGCAGAAUUUUCUGAGGAGGCACAGAGAAAAUCACCUGAGGACACAUGGACAGAACCAUCUAAGCAAGUCAAACCAGAAUUUCCAGAAGAGGAACCAAGAAAGUCUACUGAGGAGGCAGCUCAAAAACCUCUGGAAGAGCGUAAAGCAGAAACCCCAGAGGAGAUACAGAGAAAAUCAGCUAAGGAGUUAGUUCCCUUUCCAGAGGGGAGUAAAAGAAAAUCAAGUAAGAAGUCAGGGAUACAACUGUCUGAGCAGACUAAAUCAGAGUUUCAAGAGCAGAAAACAAAGGUUACACAAAAAAAGUCAAUGGAUAGGAAAGUUCCAUCUCUAUUAGAAAAGGCCAUAUCGUCUGCUGAGAAAAAAGUAAAAUCAAUUGAGGAAACAGGUCUCAAGAAAUCAAAGACCAAGUUGGAAGACCAAGAAGAGAUACAAACAGAGCCAAUUCAGAAAGAGACAGAGUUAGUAACUAAAGUUACAUCACGAUCGAAAAAAGAGAAGACUGUAGACCACAAAGAGAAUCAUCCAGAUGCUAUUAAAUUUAAGCAUUAUGCACGGGUCAAGCUGGAGCAGCUUCGCCAAAGGAAAUUAUCCAUCAAGGAGGCUCAUAGAUUUUCAAGAGCCUCUGAUAUUAUCGUCACUCUGGCUUCUGAUGUAGCAAGAACAUCACUACAGCAAGCUAUCUCUUCAGAGUUUCAAAACCUGUCUUUGGCCACUGAUUCCCACCAUAGCUCACAACCUUCCUCAGAAUCUGAGGAGAAUUUAAGAAAAUCUUCUGAAGAUCAAAUAUCGGCAAUAUUGGAGGCAGUAGAAUCUGAAACAAGUAUUGACUCAUCAUUAGAAUUUAUGAAAUGGAGUCCAGAGCAAGUUGCAGAGUGGAUUAGCCAGCUGGGCUUUCCUCAAUACAAGGACUGUUUUAUCUCAAAUUUCAUCGGUGGCCAAAAACUAAUCCAUGUAAACUGCUCAAACCUGCCUCAGAUUGGAAUAACAAAUUUUGAGGACAUGAAGGUGAGUUGUGUUUUAUGUUUCACUGUAGAACUCUACGAUGUUGUUGCUGUUUAUCUCAAAACAACUUCCUUCUUCCAGUACUGA